ACAUUUUUCUCCAACUGCAUUGUCUCCAUCAUGAAGCUGCUUACUCUGUCAUUCCUCCUUUGUGCCCUGCUGGCCCUCAGCCUUGCAGCUGAUGCAAAGAAUGAAUCUGGGACUGAAGAGGCUGUUUCUGAAGAACCCGAGAAUGAGGAAACUGCUCCAGAAGAAGAUGAAUCUGAGGAGGAGGAUGCAGCUCCAGAGGAAGAAGAAACUGAAAGUGAUGCAGACCAAUCAGAGAAAAGCCACGUGGUAAAGAGAGCGACAUCUUGCCCCAGAGGUUGGACAAAAUAUGGAUCUCGUUGUUACCUCUAUGUUGGAAUUAGUUACCCCUGGGCUCAGGCUGAGCGUUUCUGUAUCGCCCGUGGUGGAAACCUUGCAUCUGUACGAAGCUCAACUGAAUACAAUUGGCUAAGAAGCUAUAUUUACGGCAGGACUCGUUCAUACAAAAAUACUUGGAUCGGAGGUUCUGAUGCUCAGCAGGAGCGUUACUGGUUUUGGAGCGAUGGGACUCCUUUCAGGUAUCAAUCCUGGUGCAGGGGCAUGCCGAGGACAAGUUCUAGACACAGCUGCCUUGUCAUGAACUACUCAGCAUGCAGAUGCUGGAUGGACUAUCUAUGCAUUCAACGAUACCCAUUCGUCUGUGUCAGGAAGUAAACAUCAGAAGUGAAGACUUAUUACGUAGAAAAAAUCUGAUCAGUCUUAUUUUUCUUAACCUAUCUUCUGUUACUGCAUUGCUAAGUGUUUGAAGAGACAAGAUAAAGAAAGUCAGGUUGAUUGUCUCUGAGGUCAUGCACCAAAGAGCCAAAAAGGAAGAGUUCUGGAAAGAGUAUUUUAUGCAAAGCUUUUCUCUGCAGAGUAACUGUAUUUUCUCUUCUUUUACCUAUUAA